GGGCCCCACCGCCAGCCCCCCGACGACCCCCACCCCAACCCACACAGAGCAAUCCCCAGGAAAGGCCGGGCCGGUACCAUGGCCCAUUCGGCUCAGCUCAACAUCUUGGAGCAGAACUGCCCCAUCCAAGUGGAACACGAUCGGAAACGGAGGCAGUUCACGGUCAGACUGAAUGGUUGUCAUGACCGGGCGGUGCUGCUCUAUGAGUACGUGGGGAAGAGGAUUGUGGACCUGCAGCACACGGAGGUCCCCGAUGCCUACCGGGGGAGAGGGAUAGCCAAGCACCUGGCUAAGGCAGCCCUGGACUUUGUGGUGGAGGAGGACCUGAGAGCUCAUCUGACAUGCUGGUAUAUCCAGAAGUACGUCAAGGAGAACCCCCUGCCACAGUACCUGGAACGAUUGCAGCCUUAAUCCCAACCCCAACAGAGCCUGUGAGGCUCUUUUUUGAUCUCUUUUUCUCUCUCCUUCUCUCUCUCUCUCUGUCUCUCUCUCUCUCUCUCGCACCAGCAUGCCCCGACCCUGACUGUUCAAAGCGGCCUUUGCUUCUGUGUGGUCUCAGGAAACACCCUCUCUCUGGAACAGACUCAGAAUUAUUUUUCUAAAGGCGCUCAGGCACGCAGCAGGGGCCCCGCGUGUCCUCCCGCGCCAGCCACGGACAGACUGUGACCCCCUAGGGGGUCCCCUCUGGGGCUGCCUUCCCUUUCCCCAACCUCUCUCCCGGUUGCCCUUUUUUGAUUGCGGGCACUGGGGAGAGCUCGCCCUUCCCUCACACCUCUCCACCUCCGGGCCCCCUUCAGACAGGUGGGAAAGGCAACCACCUAGUCUUCCGGCCUCCGAGCCGCCUUGGCCUGGCCCCGCUUCGGUAACGUUCAUCCUCCCUCCCCUUCGUCUCCAAAGGCAGAAGGGUCUCUCCCCGGAGGAUGACAUCUCCCAGUGGACGUCGGUAAGGGAGGGGACCCACGCGGCCCUUUAGAGAUCCUGCCCGUUCCUCCCCCUGUACUUCCCGUUGAGAGAGAGGAUGUGAAUCAGAGGGAUGGGCGUCAGGGAGGCAAAGCCCUCUCCGCAUCCCCCCCGCCCCUCCGGGAAACCAAGAAUACAGACUGGAAUUUGAUGCACCAUACUUGCGCAGAGUCUAACCCCAAACUCAUCGCCGUGAUGGGAGGAGGAGAAGGCCACGGGUUUGAGACCGCAGAGAGACUAACGAAUGUGCCACGGGAGUUAGGAGGUUGCCAUUUCCCACCCGUAAUUUGCAAAAGCCGGCAGCUCCCGUCACGUCGCGCCCCCUCGGGCGGCUUCAGUUCUGGGGGACAGAGGCGGUUUGGCACGUGGCCGUCAUCGGGACUGAACUGACGCCUUUUGGCCUGCGGGCCGCCGAGGGUCUCGGCUGGGUCCGUCCCUGGCUGGGCCUGAGGGACAGAGCCCAUCUCUCUGUUUCUUCGGUCUCUCGGUGGCCGGGGGCCAAAGACAUUAUUGCAUCUUCAGAUGGAAGAACGGCGUCUGUCCCUCCCGCUCCUCCUACUGAACCCUCAUCUUUCCUCGAACGCAAAGGCCAGCCGCUGAAGCCGAGCGACUCCAUCCGCUGCUGGCCCCUCCGGGCUUGGGGGCUCAAGACCGCUACCGUCUAGAAGACCAAGGUGGGGGAGGGCGGGGGGGCAGAAGAGGAAACACCUUCUUCUUCCUGGAGAAUCCAAGAGAGUGAUCAAUAAAAGUGAUUCGUGCUGCCAAGGAUUCGAUAAACACUACCCCCGCCAGUUGCGUGCACACGUCGCAAGUCGAGCAGAACACGAGGAAUCUUCUGAUCCUCUGGGUUCCUGCUGGUUUCUUUUGAUGACUGUCAGGGCCCUCUGCAGUGGACAAGAAGUAUAGUCCUAAAGGGCUUUUCCCCAGUGCAGAAUUCCUGCGUCUCAACCCUGAUACUGAUCCAUACCGACUCCCGCUGUGUCUUGGCCCUGGCUCUCCUGCCUUGCAGGCUCCUUAGGCUGAUGAUAAUUUUGAACUCUGGGACUGGAGAAGGAGGUCAAGUACUGUAGUAGUAAACUGGGCCGGAGCGGGAAUUACCGUGAGCGGCAAGACCUUAGUGCUCGGGCCUGCUGGGGGGGAUCGUUAGAUGGUGACCAGGCUGCCCUGUCGAGGCCUCUAGGUGUGAAGUGAGGGUGGAGUUGGGGGAGAGGGGAAGGAAGUCUCGACAAGAACACCCCAUCCUUAGUGUGCUGGGGAAUUCUGUGAGAAAGGAGAGAGAGGGAUGGGUCCCGUGAUCGGGCGUGGUACAUUUACGCUUCCAAGUUCAGCGUAAAUGCUUCCUUCCUAUGCUUUGUGUCGAAACGAAAAGCGCCGUUCGCUGUGCUGUCCGUCUCAGUCCUGACAUCACAGGGCCUCCAUUCCCUUGUUCUCCCUACAGCCCCUAUGGGCAACCCUACGGGGCCUAUAGGCCAAGCUAGGAGAAGCAUUGUGACUCUGGAGCCUAAGACCCCAGAUGCGGAGGAGGAGGAGUCUUCUUGCCAACAUCCAACGCUAGUCUGGCCUUCCAGAUUCACAGCUCUCUACGGGGGGGGGGGUUGCCGCUAAAUGACAGGGGUUACUUAGGUUGUGCUUCCGGAACUAGAACUUCACUGUAGCGCCUCGAUCCGCCCUCUCUACAGCCGCUAAAGAGUUGCCAUUUUCUCAGUUUUUCUUUUCCGCAGUUUAAAGAGGUCCCUGCGUUGACUGGCAGGAGAAGAGGGGCAGAACUACAGUUCCUUCCGUGGACAGAAAAGUUCUCGUUGACGGCACCUUCACCCCAAACCCCUGGGAGAAUUCCCAAGGUUGAGGUGACGGGGCCCUCCGGCUGACGUCGUUCGGGCUGCUGCCUCCGUGUGAGAAUGCUAACUACGGAACAGGGACGGGCCGGGGACCGGCGGAAUCGUUCCCCUUUCUGAGGCACAUUCGAGAUGAACAGCGAGCUCGCCCGGGCAAUGCAGAAGAGCCGCAGGGGCCUGCCAGUUCUUCAAGGGAGAGUCACAACACCUUGCCUUUCUCCAGCUUGGAAGUCCUACAUUCAAAUUAAAACUACACAUUAUGACCGCAAGGAACCUCCACCCCUUCUCCUUCUCCCAGCCUCUAGAGCAAACUCCUGGAGACAAUUUCUCCAGCCCUAGCCCUGAUGAAAUCCUCUCCCCCUUUUGGAAAGCCGAGAGGCGGGGAGAGACCGGUGGGUUAGUGAUCGGUAUCUCCUAAGCAGGAAACUACAAUUUAUCCAGCAGGAAGGGACGAUAACUUCAAGAGGGGAUGUUGAGACGGGUGGAAUUCCAACUCCUUUCUCUCCCCAGUAGCUUCCUCUAGAACACCAAUCCCUCUAGAGAUGUCCCGUAAAGCAGAUUUUGGCAUGAAAUGGUUCCUUAUGCCUACGAUAAAUCACUAGAGCAUUCUCUGCUAUCUACCCAUUCCAGGAAGAAUAGAGAAGGAUGAUCUACUCUUGAGUCCCUUUCGAGUCUGCAUUCCCUCUCCCACCCCUCCCUGAAAUUUCUCCCUGACGGGAACGCCUUCUAAGGUGCUCUUUCAGGAAAUCGAUUGUCAGGGUAGGGUAGGGGACUAGAAAGCAGACUGAGGUUAGAGUAGAGGAGAAUAAGGCCGAUUCUAGCGCCUCUGGCAAAGCAGCAUAAAGUUUACCCCACACCUGUGGACUGAAUCCUAUCUCCUUUUCCAGCCAGAAUCUAAGCCAGAGACACUGUGUUAUAACACCAAGUGACUCCCCUCUCCCCGGCCCAGGACACUAUGGAAGAAGCAAAAUACUUGAAUGAGGAGACCUCGGGGCAGAAGCAACACGUUUAAGCCCUUGCCGUGUCCCUGUGGUGCGUGAGCUUUUCCUGGUUGGCAGAACUACGGGAAGCGGCUUCCCUGGGGCUGACCCUUCACAGGUUGGUUGAAUAGUCCCCGUUAGACCCCGAGUCCUGCAGAUGUGGGAGGGAAGGGGGUCUCCGGUGUCCCGAGAUCAGGUCCAGGAAGACCAUCACCGCCUUAAGGGAGCCGUAGCGUAACCCCAGUGCUGUGGCUCCUACCCAGAGGUGCUACAACUGUCUUGGUCGCCGGGUACGAAGCUGACUACGUCAUCCGACCGCCAUCCAAGCUGGGGUAGGGAGAAACCUUCCCCUCUGACAGAACCGGAUGUGGUAAAAAGCCAGAAGCCACCACGGGCCGGAGGGCUCCGGGGCUGUUGCCAAACUUCCUGCUGGAAGAUUCCCCUUUAUAGGCCUCCGUGGCUUCAGACGCAACCGGAACAUCACCGGUGCUGAAUCCUCUCCCCCUCUGCUCCCGCUGUCCAUCCUCUUUGGUCCGUCAAUAAGGAGCCCCCUACCAUAGGACUCUGUGGUGCAAUGACACUCCCAAAUACCCUCGGCCCCUCGCCGCAGCUGGCAGGCGAAAGGAAUGGGAUCUCUGAUGCUCUCGGGCCCCAAGGCUGACUUGGCUUCAGAACGAAGAGCAGGUCCUCGGGUUUCCUUCCCGGUUUCUUCGACGUCAAACCGACCGGCAGUUCUACCUAUCCUGGAUGUCUCUCCCUGUCGUGUUUUCCUUCUCGUUGGGUUUUUGUACUGGUGAAUCAUGUGCCUUUCCUACUCAGGACCUGUUACAGAUGACCUAUGGGCUAUGAUUUGUCUAACUGUUGUCCCUCCCCUUUUAUCAUAUUAAGUUCACGGACAUAUUGCAUGGAAUACAGUUCAAUAAAAAGUGUGACUUAACCCA